UGUUUGUCUUGUUGUACUGUCGUGCCGUUUAUAUUAUGUUUUUGGAUUAUUUAUGUAAUAAACUCUUUGAGAUUUUUGUAGUAACACGAUAAAAUGGCGAAACAGUGACCUAAUUAUAUUGUGGUAUUAUUUAUUUAAAAUAUGGCAUUCUCCAAUACGAAAAAUUGUGUUAAAAUGGUCCCUACACUUACACAAAAUAGUUGUCGUAUGUGCUUAGACACUAAAUACAGUGAUGUAAUAAAUCUUAGUGAAUGUACGCAUAUUCUGGAUUUGUUGAAAUACUGCGUUGGAUUUACAAUGAACCUUCAGUACACAUCUCAAGUACUGUGUAUGAAAUGUAAAAAUAAGGUUGAAGAGUUUGCAGAGUUUAAAAAAAAGUGUGCAGAAACAGAAAUAAUUUGGAGAAAGUAUCCAAUACUCUCAAAUAAUCAUCCUCAAAAAGAAGAAUUAAAUUGUAGUAUUGAUGUACAAGUGAAAGCUAUUAAAAACGAGCUAUCUGAUACAGAACAAGUAUGUGAUGAUAAUGAAAUAUGCACAGAAGUUGAUUUAAACAGUUUUGAGCCAAAAUCUGGUAUCGAAAUAAAUAAUUCUAGUCAAUCUCCUAAAUUACCAAAAUUUUUGAAUGAUACCAAAGAAAGCAAUCAUUGUAAUGUCAAAUCAGAAAACACAACAAAAACAUAUAAAUGUAAAAAAUGUAAGAAAAAUUAUAAUAACCACAAAUGGCUGCAAAAGCAUAGAAAACGUUGCACAAAUUAUUUAAAGAAAACUGAUCAAACACGUGUAAAAACUGAAAAUGGAAAUGGCAAAUCAUGUACUGACAAAUGUGGUUUAUGUGAUGCAAUAUUUACAUGUGACCUCAACGAACAUAUAAAACAGCACUGGCUGGAUAACCAUUUGCAAUGUGACUUGUGUAACUACUGCGGUAUAGACUUCGCUCACAUGAUAACCCACAGAUACAACCAUUACCCAAAUAUGAAACUGCGGUGUAUAGAAUGCGAUAAAAGAAAGUCAUCCAUACUAUCUCUACAGUUUCACUUCAGGUCGGUGCACUUGCAGAAACCGGGUGGUUACUGCACCCUUUGUGAUAAAACUUUUGAUAAAUUCAAGACAUGGAAAACUCACCAUCGAAAACAUACGGAGAGUAAUCGUAUGUACGUGUGUGACCAUUGUGAUAGAAAAUUUUUGUACCGGUACGAAAUCAAAGCGCAUCUGGUGAAUCAUUCUGACUUACGUCAGUAUGUAUGCGAGACCUGCGGUAAAGGAUUCAGAAGAAUGUUCACUUUACAAGAUCAUAUCAGAAACAUGCACAUAGAAAGAGAACCAGUAAAAUGUGGACACUGCAACAAAAUCUACAAGAGCAAAUAUAACCUCAAAAUCCACCUCAGAAACGUAACCGUUGAGAAACAAUUUAUAUGCGAGGUGUGCUCGAAGAAGUUUUACACGGAGCGAAUUCUCACGAAGCAUAUGUUUUGGCACAGUAAUGAGAGACCUUUUGGUUGCGAAGUUUGCGGGUUGAAGUAUAAAGCUAAGGCGCAGUUGAAAGUGCAUAUGGUAAAGCACUCGGGUGCCAUGCCCUUUACAUGUGUCAACUGUGGCAAGGGAUUUGCGUCCACUAGCCAGUUGAAGCGACACAAAAGCGUACACACAGGCGUUCGGGCGUACAAGUGUUUGCAUUGCGAACGGUCUUUUCACGCUAAGAAGCGCUUGUUGGAACACGCGGCGCAACACAAGAAUGACGGUGGUGUUAAAUUGGAGAAGUAGUUCUUUGUUUAAGUCCUCGAAUAAAUUUAUUAUUUAAAUAA